AGAGGUAUGUUAACAGCUGGCCAGUUGGAGCAAGUUAGGCGCAUGUUAACAGCGGAAUGUUAAGUGGCGCUGGAAUUUGAAUUAGGAAAAAUCGGUGAAUAAUGGAAAUUGUUAAUUAUUCAACUUUCUACAACUUUAUGGAUUAUAUACAUACAUAUUCGUAAUCUAUAAAAAUGUACUAUUUGCAAUUUAAGAAUCAUAACUUAACAGCUAUCAAUGCGUGUGCAUUGCUGGCGCAUGCGCUUUACCAAUUUGAGCAUUACUUCUGCCGAUGUAGCAGUCAACAUGUGCCAUAAAUAUUAACGUCUUUUCUAUGGCUGGAAAGCUUGUUUGUGGGUGCAAUGCGCCGCUCUCCCGCUUCCGCUCUUGACGCAGUCGGCGCCGAAUAAACCGUUCAGAACGGCACCAAACUUCAACGGAAGUAGAACAAACCAAGCGGAAACAGAACCACACGGUACACGGCACGGCACAGCACCGCUUCGCUCCGCACGAAUAUGGAAAAGUUUUUCAUCAACAAAUAUCAAUGAUAAAGGUAGUUUUUGUUCGGGGCAAAGUUAUGUGAAUAGAAAUGACAAAUUAUAAUUGUAAUUGCCAGCGACCGCAACUCGAGUGGGCCUAGACACUCUCUGGGGUCAGUGAAAAAGUGAGUUUUUCUCGUCGUCGGCGUUGCUGUUUCUGUUUCGGUUUCGGUUUCGGUAUCUGUAUCCAUUGUCGUCUCGCAGCAGAUUUGCUGUGUGGGCUGACUGGCUGCCUGGCAAAACAUUUAAAUAGCUCCUCCAAAUGGACUCUCAAUAAUUAUGACUGCGUGAAGAAAUCAAUAGCCAACAAUGGCCAGCAAGCCCAUGAGCAGCAGCUGCCAGAGCAUUGCAACGGCGGCCAGCAGUGCCGCCAAUACAGCAGCCGCCGUCUCCAUCUCCGCCUCGAAUGCCACCUCUGUGGGCUCCCUCAUAGCCGCCGCCUGCCAGCAACAGCAGCAGCACCUCCACCACGAGAACCAGCAGUCGUCGCAGCAGCAUCAUCAUCAUCAGUCACAUCAGCCAUCAUCGCACUAUGUCAAUGGCACUGGCAGCCUGGGUCGCCUCAAGUUCCACAAGAGUCUCGAUGCUAGCGAUGAGGAGAUCGAGUAUGCGCAGCUAUCGCAGUCCACCCACAUCCUGGGCCGCUACAAGUCGGAACGGUUUCUGGCCUCCAAGCCGGACGAGGAUCGGCGCCGUCGCACCAUCAUUGUGGAGAAGAAGAACGACACAUACGGCUUCACCCUGCAGAGCUAUGGUAUCCACUACAAGCGGGACGAGGAGCUGGAGAUGAUCACCUACGUGGACUAUGUGGAGUACGGGGGUCCCGCCUACAGAUCCGGCAUGCGCGAGGGCGAUGUGAUACUCUCGAUCAAUGGCAGGGAUAUGGAGAAGGCCGAUCACAAGACCAUCGUGGAGUUCAUCAAGCAGUGCGACACGAGAAUGCGAAUGGUGGUGCUCUUCGAGGACUGUGUGCGGAAGGUGGAUCUGCACAUGCGCUACAUCCAGCUGCAGAGCAUGCUGCAGCACAAGAUGAACGAACUGGAGCGGGUGCAUCUCAGGGAGCGAGAGCUGCUCGAGGGCAAGUGGAAGACGCACAGUCUGCCCGCGCGGAAGAAGGCCAAUGCCAAUACAUCGCCCAGCGAUGGCGAAGGAGUCUCCCCCACUGAAGCAGCGGCUGAAACGGGUUUCUAUCGUCCCGCCCUGUCCACCGAGGAUGUGGGGAAUAUAGCUGCCCGGCAGCAGGCGGCGGGUGGGGGAGCGAUCAUCCCGCCACCGGCUCAGUUUAUGCUCACGUAUCACUAUCUGGAUCCCACAUAUCGCUAUGUGCUCCGGCCCACGCACGGCAGCUCCGAGGACUACAUCGAUGGCCUGGGCCUGCAGCGGAGCAGCAGCGACCAUCAGCCGACGGCCCAGCGCUUCAUGCUGCACCGCACCGAGUCCGUGGACACCAAUACGAUCAGUCAGCCCACCACCACCGCUCCGACUCAGUACCACAGCACCACCAGUGGUGGGGCCACGGUGAAGCCACCGGCUCCGCCGCCACGAACCUGUGAAAAACACAAGCCACCAGCCAAGCCGCCCAAGGCGGAGAAGGAGAAGUCCGCCUCGGGCAAGCACUACCAUGUGGGGCAUUCGUGCAAUCCCUGCCUUGGGCACUUCCGCUGGAAAUCGACGGAGAAGACGCCCCUGCCGGCCGGGGACAAUGUCAGCCUCGAUGCCUACGACCUGGCCAGUCCCUGCUGCGACACGCAGUGUGUGCCCAGCCGACGCCGCCAUCGCCAGCACAAGGAGCACACCCACAAGCACAAGCACCGCGAGAGGGAGCGCGAGAGAGUGGAGAGCAAGGAGCAGCGGACUAGACCCAAAUCCCAGUCGCAUGCUUCGCCCAGUGCCAAUGGAGGUGGACAGGGACACCACCACCAUCAUCAUCAUCACCAUCACAGUCGUGAGCAGCAGCAGCAACAGCAACAGCAGCAGUUGCAACAACAGCAGCAACAGCAGCAGCAGCAGCCGGUGCCGCAUCAUCAUCACUACCACCAUCCGGCGCAGGGACAGACUACUCCGACGCCCUGCCAUGCCAAUUCUCAGUCGGGGAGCACACGUUCCCGCUACUUUGAUCUGGCCUCUGGCCUGGCCAGCCACUGUAGCCUCCACUCCUGCACUUCCAGCGAUUUCGCGCCUGCGGACUCUGCCUCCUACACCACCUCCAUCAGCACGGAUACUCUGUUCUGGGAUCCCAAGAGCGAGACGGGACAGUCGCGACAGCAUUCCACCAAGUCCAGACAAUCCUACGAGCAGCCGCACCAACACCAACAGCAGCCGCAACAGCAGCCACAGCCCCAACAGCAACAUUCACAUCAGCAGUCCCACCAGGUGCCGCCACACCAUCAUCAUCAUCAUCCGGGCUAUCAUCAGCGGUACCAUGUGACGGCCACACAGGUGCAGCCCUCGCAGAUUUACCCCAACACCAUAGCCUACGUGCAGAAGCCCAAGUCCUGGGACAAUCUGGCUACCAAGGCAGCGGGUGGCUAUGGCUUCGGCUAUGGAUAUCUGGACACGGUGGCCGUGAAGCCGCCGGUGAAGCUGCAAAUCGCACAGCAACGUCACUCGAUGCCGCGUCGCAAUCCCUACGGACGCUUCUCCACCUACGGGGAUGUGGAGAACUAUGCCCCACCGCCCACGGAGUUUGUGGGCGAGCUGACGACCACCACAACAACGACGAUUACGGCCAAGUCCACGGAGGAGCUGCUGGCCGCCUGCGAUUGUCUGUCGCCGCAGCAACAGGCUGCCCUCAAGGCGGCCCAAUAUCAACUGAGCCAAAACCAAAAGUUGACCCACCAGAACUCUUGUCAAAUGGGUUACUACUCGCAUCUGCCACGGCCCACGACAGAUGUGGGCACCUCCACCAGUCAACAGGUGCACAAUGGGGCUGGGGAUGUGUCCACGGUGUCGGAGGCAACGCGUUUGUAAGUCACAUCUAUCAAUACUCUGGGUGAUCUAUCCAAAGAACCGUCUAAAUAAUGCACAGAAUGCACUAGGAGCGUGUCUCCAACUCGCGACUCUCCACUCAAACACUGUACAUCGAAAUCAUUAGAAAUGGUAACCAAGCCAAAUUUUAACACACACAGAAUCAAUACUAUAGCCAAACUACGAGUUUUUUUGUAUGCAUACAGUGAGUUUCAUAACUAUAGCAUGGUCUGGAUCCCACAUGACAAUACCGAUGAAGAGUAGGAAAUCGUAGGAGCAGUAGAAACAUCAAAGUAAGCCCUGUCCAGCUGUCCUAUAGUUGUGAAACAGACUGUAAAUGUGGCAUACAACUAGGACGGAACGCAUUUGACGUUUUGGAUUUAUUUAAAGACUGAAGCUAUGCGCAUAUUCCAAAUGAGAGAUAAAUCUGGCGUCUUCUAAUGAUAGUUAGAUGAUCAUAUAUAUAUAUUAUAUAUAUAUAUCCGUAAUUGCCAUAUAAUAUGGUUACCUAUCAUGCAUCUAUAGCUAUUGUUUUACAUACAUACAUAUAUACAUAUUUACUGUACGAGUAUACUGUAUCCGAAAUGAACAAUGUAAUUUAUUUCAUUGUGAUAGUGAAUGGGCAAGGCACGGGCACUAAAAAUCGCAACAAUUUUAGUCGAAAUUUUAUCAAAAAGAAAUUGAAAACCAAAAUUCAAAACGCUUUUAUGUAAUGCAAAUACAAAAUGUAAUUGUUAAUAAUGUACUUCAAUGUAAUGCAAAAUAAAAAUCAAACAAAU